UAAGAGCAACAAGGGUCAGGCCCAAGAGGCAAGCUAGAUAUCAUAUCGGACAUGGCUCGCAUUGCGACGCUUGUGCUGGUGGUGCUGCUCUCCGUGGUCGUGCAGCUCGUGCCGUCCGCGGCCUGCCCCACCUGCCCUCCCCCGAAGCCUCCACCGCCGCCACCGCCCCGGAAGCUCAAGCCUCCGCCGUCGUCCGUGCCCUGCCCUCCGCCACCGCACUCUCCCAAGCCGGGGCCGCCGCACACUCCUACACCCACGCCCAAGCCACCGCACACUCCUACACCCAUGCCCACGCCGCCACACACUCCCACGCCCACGCCACCGCACACGCCGCCGCAUACUCCCACGCCCACGCCGCCCACGCCUAUGCCUGCACCGCCGCACACUCCCACGCCCACGCCCACGCCUGCACCGCCGCACACUCCCACGCCCACACCGCCGACGCCUAUGCCUGCACCGCCGCAUACUCCCACGCCCACGCCGACGCCCACACCGCCGACCCCUGUGAUUCCGACACCAACACCUCCGACUCCUGUCACCCCAACACCACCCACCCCGCCGCCAUCGUCGCCGACGGGAAAGUGCCCCGUGGACACGCUGAAGCUUCUGUCGUGCGUGGACGCCCUCAACGGGCUGGUGCACGCGGUUUUGGGGGCAAACCCGAGUCAGACCUGCUGCCCGCUGCUGUCUGGCGUCGCCGGCGUGGACGCAGCGUUGUGCCUCUGCACCACCAUCAAGGCCCAGGCGCUCGACAUCAGCCUCGUGCUCCCCGUCGCCAUCUCGGUGCUCGUCAACCAGUGCGGCAAGAACGUGCCCGAGGAUUUUCAGUGCCCGGCGACGCCAACGCCAAGCCCUGUCACUCCGCCAACACCGACCCCUGUGACUCCUACACCGCCCCCUGUCACUCCGACACCGUCCCCUGUUACUCCUACGCCGAGCCCUCCGACUCCUUCCCCUGUCACUCCGACACCGAGUCCAGUAACUCCGACGCCGACGCCGACUCCGGCGACGCCAACCCCAGUGACCCCACCGCCGUCGUCUCCGCCGGGCCAGUGCCCCGUGGACACGCUGAAGCUUCUGACGUGCGUGGACGCGCUCAACGGGCUGGUGCACGCGGUGAUCGGCAGCAGCGCCAGCGACACCUGCUGCCCUCUGUUGUCCGGCGUGGCCGACCUCGACGCCGCGCUCUGCCUCUGCACUGCCAUCAAGGUCAAGGCGCUGGACAUCAGCCUUGUGCUCCCCAUCGCCAUAGAGGUGCUCGUCAACCAGUGCGGCAAGAACGUGCCCGGCAACUUCCAGUGCCCGGGGACGCCGUCACCAAGCCCUGUGACCCCGACACCGACCCCUGUGAGUCCUACGCCGACCCCUGUAACGCCGACGCCUGCACCUGUGACCCCAACGCCAACACCAGUGACCCCGACGCCGACCCCUGUCAUUCCGACUCCUGCUCCUGCGACACCGACGCCAACUCCGGUGACCCCAACACCGGCCCCGUCGUCGCAGACGGGCCAGUGCCCCAUAGACACGCUGAAGCUGCUGACGUGCGUGGACGCGCUCAACGGGCUAGUGCACGCGGUGCUCGGUAGCAGCGCCAGCGACACCUGCUGCCCUCUACUGUCCGGCGUGGCCGACCUCGACGCCGCGCUCUGCCUCUGCACCACCAUCAAGCUCAAGGCGCUCGACAUCAGCCUCGUGCUGCCCGUCGCCAUAGAGUUGCUCGUCAACCAGUGCGGCAAGAAUGUGCCCGACAACUUCCAGUGCCCUAGCUAAGCGCACCUGCGUCUGCUGUGACGCGUCGGUUAAUUAAAUUCUCAGUAAGUGGUCGAACAUGCAUGCAUUGUGUAUCAGAUCAGAGAGUAAUCGUGUAACGUGUGGGUUGUGUUGUGUUGUGUGUGAUGAUCUUCGAUCGGCUGUAGUGUUCUUUUGAGAAAUUAUGAAUAAAAUGUUUGUAAUGAAAGGUA